CAACACUAGUUGCCAGGCGUUUUGCGUGACGUGUCUGCGUUUCGUUUAAUAACAAAAUAAAUUAAUUUCUGCCGAAAACCCAUCAAAAUAAAACAAAAAAAUGGUUGAAAUCAGCGGCGUAAUAUCCAAGUUUUACACCGACUACGUGCAGAACACACCGAAAAAGCUUAAGCUGGUGGACAUCUACUUGGGCUACAUUCUGCUUACCGGCAUCAUACAAUUUGUUUACUGCUGCCUGGUGGGCACAUUUCCCUUCAAUUCGUUUCUGUCGGGCUUCAUCAGCACCGUGAGCUGCUUUGUGCUGGCCGUUUGUCUGCGUCUCCAGGCGAAUCCACAAAACAAGGCCGUAUUUGCGGGCAUCUCGCCGGAACGUGGUUUUGCCGAUUUUAUAUUUGCGCAUGUAAUUCUGUUCUUGGUUGUCAUGAACUUCAUUGGCUAGCUUAGAAGUAAAACACGCUGUUACAAUCCAUUCUUCAUUUAUACGCUAUGAUUAAAUGUAUAAUUUAACAUUAAAA